AUGGAUAAUAAAUUGUUUAUUGCAGCAUUGGGUGCUGGUAUUGGUGCUGCAGCUACAUAUAUCUCAACAAAGGUGUCAUCCACCAAGAAGAGAAAAUCAGAUUUCACAAGUGAUGUUCAAUUUGACAAUGACACCACGAUGGCCGAUGAUAAUGAUGAUAACGAUGUCAAACCAAUCGAUGGACAUACCAGUUUGUUGGCAUCGGCCGACCCCUUUGCCAAGGACAAGCUCAAUCUAAGCUCGAUGUUGGAGCAGGAGAUCUUUGAUGAACAGAUGAAUAGAACCAUGUUGUACUAUGGUGAGAACGGCUUCAAAAAGUUGCGAGAAUCUUUUGUUAUUGUUGUUGGUCUCGGUGGUGUAGGUGGUGCCGCAGCACACGUGCUGCUGCGUAGCGGCGUCAAGAAGAUUCGUUUGAUCGAUCCCGAUCUCGUGACGAUCUCCUCGCUCAACAGAAACGUUCUGGCGGCACGAAAAGACGUCGGUCGCUCCAAAGUCGAGACAAUGAAGUCGUACUUCAAUGCGAUCUGUCCAGAGGUGGAGGUCGAAGCGAUUCAAACCUUCUUCAGCGCCGAGGUAGCCGAUACACUGCUCGGUGGCAAUCCAACUAUUGGUAUUCUCUAA